AUGGAACUCAACCGAGAACAUUUUCGCGCCAUAAUUUAUUACAACUUUCAGAGACAAUUAUCGCAACAAGAAUGCCUUGUUGAGUUACUGUCUGUUUUCGGCAACGAAGCGCCACAUCAGUCGACAAUUUCCCGUUGGUAUGGAGAAUUCAAACGUGGACGGGUGAUCACCCAGGAAAACGUCGAUGCUGAGCGCAAACUCAUCAUUGUAGAUAGACAUGUGACAUAUCGCGAGAUUGAGGCGUCCUUGAAGAUCUCAAAGACCUCAAUCCAAAAUAUUUUACAUGAAGAAUUAGGAGUAAGAAAAUUAGUUUCUCCAGGCAGGGUUAAUUGGUGUCAAAAAACGCUUGACGGUUUUAAUUCCGGAAACUCAAAAAAUGUGUACAGCAUUGUUAGUGGUGAUGAAUCGUGGAUUUACUGUUAUGAACCAGAAAAUAAACGACAGUCGGCUGUUUGGCCAACAAAAGUCAUCCGUUCUCGAAGUGUUUCGAAAAAGAUGGUCGCGACAUUUGUGUCAAAAGUGGGUCAUAUUCCUCUUAAUGAGCAAAGAACUGUUACUGCGGAUUGGUAUACCACCAUUUGUUUGCCAAAAGUCAUCACCGAGCUUCGAAAAAUCAACCCCGAAAGAAGAAUCAUCCUCCACCAAGACAAUGCAAGCUCGCACACAGCCCAAAGAACAAGGCAGUAUUUAACGGAAGAAAACUUGCAAUUAUUGGACCAUCCUCCAUAUAGUCCCGAUCUGAGUCCUAACGAUUUCUUUAAUUUCCCAAAAAUUAAAAACAGACUGCGUGGUCAAAGGUUCCAGUCACCAGAAGAAGCAGCUGACGCACUCAAAAAUGCCGUUUUUAAUCUGCCAGCAAACGAGUGGAAUAAGUGCUUCGAAAAUUGGUUCGAGCGCAUGCAGAUGUGUAUUAAUCUUCGUGGAGAAUACUUCGAAAAACAAUAA